AUGCUCGAGAGCCAGGAGCCCGAGAAGAAGUCAAAGAAGAAGGAGAAGGAGAAAGAGAAGGAGAAGGAGAAGCCGCCAAAGGAUACGGAGAAGAAGGAGCAGAAGGAGCAGAAGGAGCAGAAGGAGCAGAAGGAGCAGAAGGAGGUCCAAAAGAAGGACAAGAAGGAGAAGAAGCAGGAGUCGGAAGGGCUGAGCAACCUGGAGGAGCGAAGCAGUCGUCUGAAGGCUGAGCUGAUGCGGCAAAAGGAGCCGCUUGGAAGGAAAGCUCCCGGCAAAGAGACGUCGGAAGCUCCGACCAAGGAGAAAAAGGAUCUCGGCCUGGAGGACAUCCAUGCCAUUCCGGACGACCUGCUCUUUGCAGAGCUGGCCGGAAGGAUAGAGAAGAUGUGCCUCACGCGCGAGGAGGGCGGAGGUGAGCGCAAGAAGUAUCAGGCCAGGCAGGCUGGAGGAUCCAACACUUUGAGCUGUUCCAGUGAAGUGGGCUUCCUAAUUCAGAUAUUCCAGGGGCUCUUGAUGCUCCACCACUUUGGCACCUUCAAGGGUGAUAUGGCCCCCUAA